AGUUCUCCCUGGGGCUCACUCGCAGUUCCGGCGGGGCGUCAGUUUGUUUACGUCCCUCACGGACCCAGUCACUGGCCUCCUAAUUUCGGACUCCAAGAUGGGGAAGUCGUUCGCCAACUUCAUGUGCAAGAAGGACUUUCAUCCUGCCUCCAAGUCCAACAUCAAGAAGGUAUGGAUGGCAGAACAGAAGAUAUCAUAUGAUAAAAAGAAACAGGAAGAAUUAAUGCAACAGUACCUUAAAGAACAAGAAUCCUAUGAUAACAGAUUGCUUAUGGGAGAUGAGCGUGUAAAGAAUGGUCUUAACUUCAUGUAUGAGGCCCCACCAGGAGUUAAAAAAGAAAACAAAGAGAAAGAAGAAACAGAAGGAGAAACAGAAUACAAAUUUGAAUGGCAGAAAGGAGCUCCACGAGAAAAAUACGCCAAAGAUGACAUGAAUAUUAGAGAUCAGCCCUUUGGUAUUCAGGUUCGAAAUGUGAGGUGUAUUAAAUGUCACAAGUGGGGUCAUGUCAACACAGACCGGGAAUGUCCCUUAUUUGGUCUUUCUGGAAUCAAUGCAAGUUCGGUUCCCACUGACGGCUCAGGACCAUCGAUGCACCCCUCGGAGCUAAUAGCGGAGAUGAGAAACAGUGGGUUUGCACUGAAACGGAAUGUACUGGGGAGAAACUUGACCGAAAAUGAUCCAUCACAGGAAUAUGUUGCAAGUGAAGGUGAAGAUGAUCCAGAGGUUGAAUUCUUAAAGUCACUAACAACCAGACAGAAACAGAAGCUUCUCAGGAAAUUGGAUAGACUUGAAAAGAAAAAAAAGAAAAAGAAAAGGGAUAAGAAAAAGAAAAAGUUACAAAAGAGCAGAAGUAAACACAAAAAACAUAAAAACAAAUCCUCCUCCUCCCCUUCCUCCUCCUCAUCCACCUCCUCCUCCCCCUCUUCCUCCUCCUCCUUCUCUGACACUUCAGAAAGCAGCAGUGAGAGUGAUGACAAAGAAAAGAAAAGAGAGAAGAAGAAGAAGAAAAAGAACAGAUGUUCAAGAAUUAGCACCAGAGACUCUGAGGAGGAGAAGUCUAAGAAGAGAAGACUUCGUGAAGAACUUUCUAACAGUCAUAGUAACAAAGAAAAAGCCCAGGAAAAAUUGAAACAAGAGUGUUCUAGGGAGAAGAGUAAAUGGGGCCAUUCUGGCUCUGACAAAAAGUCCAGAAGCUACAAUCAGAGCCCAGAGAAGAAAGGCUCUGAUAGACAUCGGGGAAUCCGAAGCCACUGCAGGACAGAGAGCAGCAGGAGGAGCCGGAGCAGAAGUCCUGCUAGUCACAAGCAAAGAGAGAGAAGGGCUUGGCCACAGCGGAGUCCCAGUGAAGAGUGGAAUGGAAAGAAUGACAGCAGAAGCCAGGGUACUGAUGGCUGCAGAAGAGAGUGCACAGUGAGCAUUCGGAGAUGAGCACACUGUGGGCACGGGGAGAGGAAAACAGUAGAGGUGGACUGGAGAGAGCUUUGUUCACCAUUCAGCACCUCCAUUUUCUUACUGCAUUUCUUUAGCAAGGGCUAACUUGCAUAUUGCCUCUCUAAUAAAAAAAACCCUCUUAAUUUUCCAUCUGUGUAUACUGUCACUUCAAGUACAAAACUACAAGUACCACGACAUUGAAGUUGGCAAAUAUUUAGAAAAUCUACUCUAGGGUGUAGAAAUAUUUUUUGUGUUGGUAACUGUUUCCUGUGCCCUGUACUAGAUUAAAACAAAACAAACAUAAUUCUGUGAACUUUAUUUUUGUUCUGAAACAUUAAAACAUGGACAGUACAUUGAGGUUGUACAUUCAGAUUUGUUACUUUAAGAUUUGAAUUUCCUUAAAGAAAAAAGUAAUUGUUGAAAUCCCCUAGGGUGAAUAAAACUGGAUAUUGACGUCUUUAA